CCACUUGUUUUACAACCUCCACAUCUCCUCGCGUCUUCUACAUAUCCCACCCACACACACACUCUCUCUCUAACACACACACACACACACACACAAAGGAGAGCGCUUGGAUGAGUAACAGCCCUGUUUGUCUGUGUUGACAUGGAUCAGUCCUGAGUGGCCUUCAGAGUUUUCCCUCAGACGCACCAGCUGCAGAGAUACUGCCGGAUAUUCCUCGCCCUCCUCCCGCCUCACUUGUUGCGCAGAGACUGAAUACGCUGCUAAGUCCUUGGAGAGGUGAGAGAGAGAGAGCGAGAGAGCGAGGGAGCGAGAGAGAGAGCGCGAGAGAGACUGCAACAGGUGCACUCGCAGCAUCUCCUGCAGAGAAGCUGCACCGGAGGUAGGGAAAUUACCUUGUUUUGGAUCUUUUACGCAUGCUUUACGCACGCGUGUUUUGGAUAUUUUAUCUUUACGCGUGAGGUGUGAUUUAGACACAUUUAAUCAAGUGCAUUUUUAUUUUGUUUGUUCAGGAUAUAAGACAACUUUAAAUGCUGAUCUGAGCAUCAGUUCGUCGUCUUCAGUUGUCACCGUGCGCACAAAGCCAGGAUGCCGGUCCUGACGAGCCCCGACAUCGCUAACAAGUUUAAGGAGAAAUGGUUGGCGGUCUUCCCGGAGGACCAGGUCGCCGGGUUCGACUCUGUCCCCCUGGACGACAGUCUCACCAGCCUCCACUGGCUCCAGAAUUUCUCCAUCCUCAGCGCGGACCCGGAGCGACCUCCAGGCUCUGGACCCGGGUGUCCGUCUUCUCAGCAGCACCUCUUCCUCAAGAGGUUCGGCUUCCCCAGAGGAGGCGCCGACUCCCCGUCCAGCCCUCCGGCCGGGGACACCGCCGCCACCGGGAUGCCCCUGUACCUCGGGAGCCCCGUCACCUCCGGCAGUGACUCCACCACGGCACCACGUUUCCCCAGCUGCGCACGCUCCGCAUCCGGCUACCCACAGAUCCCCAUCCAGGCCAACCCGCCUGUUGAGGUCGACUACAAAACCAACCCUAAAGUCAAGCCGCCUUACUCGUACGCGUCUCUCAUCUGUAUGGCCAUGCAGGCCAGCAAGCAGCCCAAAGUGACUCUGUCCACCAUCUACAACUGGAUCACGGAGAAUUUCUGCUACUACAGACACGCGGAACCCAGCUGGCAGAACUCGAUUCGUCACAACUUGUCCCUCAACAAGUGUUUCAAGAAGGUCCCCAGACAAAAGGACGAGCCAGGGAAAGGAGGCUUCUGGCAGAUCGAUCCUCAGUACGCCGAUAUGUUUGUCAACGGCAUCUUUAAACGCAGGAGGAUGUCUGCGAACCAGUACAGCAGCAGCAGCAGCAGCAGCAGCAGCAGUGGCAGCAGCACACACAGGCAGACCAAACUGGUACAGGGUUGCCACAGCACCCAAAAUGGCUGCCCUUACCAAACUGUGAGUGGGAAACGGAAGUACCUGCCGUCUAAAAACAGCAACAAGGUUGUGAGGGUGACUGAGUCGCCGCUAUUAGCAACAGAAGCCCACAAGGCAGACAUCCUGAGGGGGGAUUUUGACCUGGCGUCCGUGUUCGACGACGUUCUCAGUGGGGACUGUAGCACCUUCGAGGACUUGGACAUCAACACGGCGCUGAGCUCCCUGGGCUGCGAGAUGGAGGUUUCCAUGCAGGGGAGGCAGCUCACGGCAGGCUUGGGGAGGUGGUGCGGGGGAGGGGACCUCGCAGGUCAGAGCCAGCACCUGAGCCAUCAUCAGUCCUACGGCUACAUGGACGUGAGCGUGCCGUCGUUGGAGUGCUCGGUCAACCUGGGGGAGCUCCACAUGCCUCAGCAGCAGCAGCAGCAUCCUCAGCAGCUGGAGCAGGAUCAGCUGCUCCAGAGUCACCAGCACCACCUGCAGCAGUUCGACGAGCCCUCCACGCUGUUCCCGGAGCGGCCAGAGGAGGCGAUGCUGCAGCCGUGGGAGGAAAUAAAAGAGGAGGCGCAGGCAAUUCCGCUCACACUGGACCAGGGCUUCGGCCUGUGCGAGGGCUUCUUCUCGGAAAUGCAGACGUGGGAGCGAGUGGAGGCCUACCUGUGAUGUUUGAACCCCCGAAACCUCAGUGACUCCUGAUUCGCCUUUUUCACAGACGCAAGUUUGACAUUAGACCAGUGCAAAACCACACGUGUUACCGAUUAUAACAUGUAUAAAAAAGAGAACAUAGUCGACUGGUUUGCUGUUUGAAGACAACCAGGAUGUAAGAAUAUACUGAAUAGUCAGCAGGGGGCGAUUGGACGAGUUCAGGGGUUUAGUUUAACAUCAGUAAACAUUGACCCGAGGAGGUUAAACCCUACUUUCUGCAUUUCUUCAAUAGAACAUGAUGUAAAUUUUGUAAAUUAUGAUCCCAUAUUAGAG